AUAUUGCCUUAUAAAGGAACUACUUUGCCGGGGAGAGGGUUUUCCUGGGGGGUGACAAUGCUUUUAAAACUGGGGCUUGGAAUUUUUUGGGGGAAACUGUCUUAAUGGUAAUCGUUUCUACAUAACAUUUUUUAUAAAAGGGUGCUUAUAUAUUAGCACCCGGGUGCUAUUCCGUAAGUAUAUAUAUAGAGAGAGAAUGAUGCGAUUCAUUCCGUUUUAAUACAUGAUAUAUUAUAUUGCCUUAUAAAGGAACUACUUUGCCGGGGAGAGGGUUUUCCUGGGGGGUGACAAUGCUUUAAAAACUGGGGCUUGGAUAUUUUUGGGGGAAACUGUCUUAAUGGUAAUCGUUUCUACAUAACAUUUUUUAUAAAAGGGUGCUUAUAUUUUAGCACCGGGUGCUAUUCCGUAAGUAUAUAUAUAGAGGGAGAAUGAUGCGAUUCAUUCUCGUUUUAAUACAUGAUAUAUUAUAUUGCCUUAUAAAGGAACUACUUUGCCGGGGAGAGGGUUUUCCUGGGGGGUGACAAUGCUUUAAAAACUGGGGCUUGGAUAUUUUUGGGGGAAACUGUCUUAAUGGUAAUCGUUUCUACAUAAAAAUUUUUAUAAAAGGGUGCUUAUAUUUUAGCACCCGGGUGCUAUUCCGUAAGUAUAUAUAUAGAGAGAGAAUGAUGCGAUUCAUUCCGUUUUAAUACAUGAUAUAUUAUAUUGCCUUAUAAAGGAACUACUUUGCCGGGGAGAGGGUUUUCCUGGGGGGUGACAAUGCUUUCAAAACUGGGGCUUGGAAUUUUUUGGGGGAAACUGUCUUAAUGGUAAUUGUUUCUACAUAACAUUUUUUUAUAAAAGGGUGCUUAUAUAUUAGCACCCGGGUGCUAUCAUGUCACAUUGAAGUAGAUUUAUUAUUGUGUUAUAGUUUUAAAAUUAUAAUAAAAUCAAAAAUUAAACGGAAUGAAUAUAAUAGAUAUUUAAUGUAAUGUAUAUACUGUAUCAAUUCUUUCUUAUAAAUGUAUAAUAAUAUAAAAAAAAUUACGGAAUGAAUAUCAUAUAUAUUUAAGGUAUAUACUGUAUUGAUUUUCGCUUAUCGUAAAAAUUAACGUUUACACGAUUGUGUACGUUUUUAAAUAUGUACAAAUAACCCUUGAAAAACCUCAUCAUGUUUUCAUUUGCACGAGAAUUUAAUUUCAAUGUAAAACGAGUUUCUAUAUGUAAACCCCCACCAAACAACGACUAUAAAAGGGACUCGAACACGUGAAACAGACAGUUUUCUCUUCAACAUGGCUGAAAGCAGACAGAUUCCCGUUGCUGGUAACUUUCGCAAGAGGAAAGAAAAUGCUUCCGAGAUAUCGUUUAGCGACUUUUCCAAUCCUUGGACAUUUUAUGCAUUAUUCAGCAGAGACGACCUUACAGUGGCAACAUGGCUGAUUGAACAAGGCCUGUUAGGCCGCUCUAGACCAUGCGAGAGAGCGGAUUGUGAUGGCGACAUGCGUCUUGCAAGAAGAAGUGGAAGACCCCUGGGGUACACCCUCCGAUGUAACAGAAGCAGGGACCACGAGGUUUCUAUCAUGAAAUACAGUUUCUUUGAAAGAAGUAAACUUGACGUUAGAGAUAUUAUGCAAUUAAUAAAGACGUAUUUGGAGGGACUGUCACUUGGCAUGACAUCAAGAUAUGCGGGUGUUAGCUACACAGGGACUGCCGUAGACUGGGGGAGUUUCAUCCGGGAACUUAUGAAAGAGUAUUUUCAUGUACGGCUAAGUCAGAAGAAAAUGAGUGGAAUUGUAGAGAUAGAUGAAAGUCUAUUUGGUCGGCGGGUGAAGUUUCACCGAGGAGACCCAAACAAGGGCUUAAAGGUUUGGGUGUUUGGAAUGGUGGAGAGAAGUACGAAUUCUUUAAUUCUCUAUCCAGUGAAAGACAGAACGGCGGAUACACUGAUACCUUUAAUUGAAAGGCACGUGGAGAAGGGAUCCACUAUCUACAGUGAUGGGUUUUCGGCAUACUUUCAUCUUAACGAUAUGGGAUACAGGCACUUCACUGUUAUACACAAGUAUUCAUUUAAGAAAACUUACAAGAACGCCGAAACUGGAGAUAUUGAAGUUGUGCAUACCAACAGGAUCGAGGGUGCAUGGAAGCAUGCAAAGGACUACUUCAGGAAGAUGUCGGGCACAAAGGCAUCUCAGUGGGAAGGUCACAUGGCCGAAGUAAGUAAAUACAAUUAACUUACAAAAUUUAUUAUCCUUUAAUUAUUUAACAAGUUUAAUAAUUUAUAAUGAAAAUAUAACAGUUACUAUAUUUUAAGAUAUAGAAAUAUAUCUAUACUACAGUUUAACUAUGACAUAUUUAAAUUUUCGUCUAAUGAUAUUAUGAAGAAAAUGAAUCUUACUCUUUCAUUAGACGAGUAAUGUGGUAAACGCGAUUUAUCUCCCUUGUCCAUUUUUGAUUAUUCGCCGUAUUCCGUUUUAAAAUGAUUUUUUCAUAAUUAUUUAUCAUCAUUUUCACACCUGUUACAUAUUCACUCCGUAAUUGAAUGAAUAUUGAUUAAACAUACUUAAAAAUGUAUAACGACAAAUGUCGUUAUUGAAAUGAAUAUUUUUAUUGUCUUAUUUCAGUUCAUUCCGUAAAAAAUGCUUUUUCUCUGAUUUUAGAUUAUGUGGCGUAGUGUUGCUAAAGCUAAUGUAUACACUGAAUUUUUCAAUCUCCUGAAGUCAGUGUAUACUUUAUCUGGACCUCCAAAUCUGACAUAUCCUACUCCAUUAUUUGACUCCUGGGAAGGUGCAUUUUCCCAGCAGGACAUGGUACAUCCUGUCGUCAGUGAUGCAGGAAGCACAGACUCAGAUGUCUUACAGCUGGAAGCAGCAGAUGCCGUUCUCGCAAACGAAAGCGAUUCUUUGGAGGGUGAGUGGAUACGAUUUAUAAAAUCAAUUCCA